CAACUGUUGUGGAGCACACAUGCAGCUGUUGUUGGUGCAUAUGUGUGUGUGCAUGGACUCUUCUGUAUGUGCUGUGCUCACGCAACUUCUGGAAAGUGCCCGUUCGGCCUAUGACCUAGGAAACAGACCAAGAUGACCCUUCAGUGGACGGCCGUGGCCUUCUUUCUCUAUGUCGAAAUAGGGAUCAACCUCAUCCUAUGUGCACCUUUCGUAUCAGCACAGAGAUGGCGUAUGGUAUUCAGUUGGAGAAUAUGGAGGUGGUUAUCUCCUUACUGGAAUAAGUGUUUCUUCACCAUGAUCAUGGUUCUCAUUGUUCUUUUCCUCGAUGCUGCUCGAGAGGUACACAAGUACUCAAACCCCGAACCGAUGCAAGAGGCUCAGGUGAACGCCAAUCUCUUCGACCACCUUCACAUGAGGCUCUUCAGAGCGCAGAGGAACCUCUACAUCUCGGGAUUCUCACUCUUCCUCUGGCUUGUCAUGCGACGGGUCAUCGUCUUGCUCAACCAGGUGGCUGUUGCUGCGGAGAACAAUGCGGGUCUUCAGGCACAGAUGGAGAGCGCUGCCAAAGCCGCCAACAAACAUCAAGAGGACAACCGUGUACUCAAAGAAGCUCUCUCAGAUGAGGAAAAGGUCAUUUCAGAGAAGAAUCAUCAGCUGAAGAUUGAAGUUGAGAGCCUGUCCAGUCAGCUGAAGAUGGCAAAAGAGGCCGUGCACAAGUCCGACACUGAAAUGGAGGCCAUGGGCAGGCAGGCCAAAGGUCUGGCCAAGGAGUACGACCGACUGCUAAGCGAGCAUCAUCAGCUCCAGAAUCUUCAGAGUGCUUCAGACAAAAAGAUCCAAUAAACACGGAAGGACAUUGACAGUUCAUGAAGGGGAUAUGUUAUUUAUAGAAAAUGUACUUUUUUAUUGUUUGUACAUGGUAGCUUCAGAUAAGGUGUAGUGGAAAAAAUGUGCAAUAAAGUCACUGUCAUGCUUUUUGCAUGUGGGCAAGGAGA